AUGAAGGAGCCGACUUCGCACCAGGAUGUUCGCCACAGUUACGUAGAUGAUAAAGUCCCGUUCCUAAAAAAUGAAGAAAGUACAAACAGAUUGAACAUAAAAGACCAAGUGGAAAAAUACGAGAGGAAGAAAAAAAACAUAAAAAAAGAAAUGUAUAAAUUUAUGAGUGGCAUAAAAAAAGGACGUAAACAAAGUCAUCACGUGAAUUAUAACUUUGGGGUUCUAUGCAGGACGGCUCCACUUUAUGUGAAUAUCUCCUCACUGAGCACUCAAGGUGGAGGUACCAUAAAUGGAAAUCCACGCGAACUCCAAAAAGGGGGUAGCACUCCCAAGGAGAGGAACUAUAAAAAGAAAAUAUCCCCUUGCAGGGAUUACGAAAAUGAGGGAGAUUUUAAGAAGCAUAACUUUUUAUGGAAUCGAGAUGGGUACCACGAAAGGGGAUAUCAGAAUUGUGUGCAGGCAUUUCUCAAAAGUACGGACUUCCAUUGUUCCUCCAUUUUUGGUGAGUACAUGCACGGACGAGGUGUACCCGCUUGGGGAAUGUACCAGUCAGAAGGGUCUUCACUUUUGGGGGGAAAGAAGUUGUAUCGGGAGAUGCACCAAAAUGGUUGGAAGGGUGGACUGGGUCCACGUUGGGGGGAUCCAGAUGGGGAAUUCUCCACCUGUGGGGGGAACCUCUCUGGGAUCACUUCCCCACGGAAGAGCAUGAAGAUUGAUCUGCAAGGGUGGACUCUACAGGGGAAGAAUCGAAGAGGUCACCAGAGAGGUAGCAGCAACUGCUCGAGUGAGUCCACAAAAAUCAUAGACCAGUUUGUGAAAAGCAUCGAAGGGAAUCAGUCAGGGGAAAAGGAAAAAAGAGAAAGCAUGGACAGGGAAAAGGAAAAAAAAGAAAGCGUGGACAGGGAAAAGGUAAAUUUUGGCGAGGUCCCCCCAGGGAGUAACCCCUUACACGGAAUGACCAUCCCCAAUUUGAGCAUCCCUGACGAGUAUACAAUUACAACGAGGAAGAGUAAAACCCACGCCGCUGAUCAGGACGCCGCAACGGUGCUGUUAGAAUACAAACAGAUGGUGAAGGACAAUAAAAAAAUGUUGAACUUGCUGCAAAGAGUCAUGCACCAGGUUGAAGUGACAAACAGGAGUAGCGAAGUAAAUAAAAAAAUUGAAAAAGGUAUGAGUACGUACUUGAGGAAAGUCGAAAGGAUGGUGAGCAAAUAUAGGGAAGCGCUAAAAUGUGAUGAUUUUAAUAGGGCUAGAAGACUGCAUCGCCACUUUAAGGCCAACGAAAUGGUGAUGCUAAGAUGUGUGUUGAACUAUGUCAUCGAUCUUAUGCGUCACGUGAAGUACGAGUGCAAGGACCUUCGGCAGGAAAUCGAGCGAGAAAUUUGCGAGCUAGACGCAUUGGACAAAACGACAUAA